AUGGCUUCUUUAGGACUGAAAAUUGAAAAUGAGAAUGUUAAUGUUGUAUCGAAUACAACAAAUUUUAUUAAACAGAUAGUAGAAGAUGAUCUGAAGAAUGGAAAACAUAAUUUAAUUGUUACGAGGUUCCCUCCUGAACCAAACGGGUUUCUUCAUUUGGGACAUGCGAAGUCAAUCUGUUUAAAUUAUGGAAUAGCGAAGAUUUAUAAUGGUAGGUUUCACUUGCGCUAUGAUGACACAAACCCAUACUCUGAAGAACAGCGGUACAUAGAUGCAAUUGAAAAGGAUGUUAGGUGGUUAGGCGUAGACUGGGGUGAACACAAAUAUUAUGCAUCUGAUUAUUUUGAACAAUUAUAUGAAUGGGCAAAAACGUUAAUUCUUGCCGGUAAAGCAUAUGUAGAUCAUCAAACAAUAGAGGAAAUAAGGAAAAAUAGAGGAGAUUCCUCUACUCCUGCAGUGGAAUCUAUUUAUAGAAAUCGAUCGGUUGAUGAGAAUAUGGAACUGUUUGAAAAAAUGAAGAAUGGUGAUUGUGAGGAGGGAGAGUGUGUAUUAAGGGCAAAGAUAGAUAUGAAGCAUGGGAAUCCAAAUUUGCGUGACCCAAUUUUAUAUAGAAUUCUUAAACAGCCUCAUCCCCAUACUGGUGAUAAAUGGGUUAUUUAUCCUAUGUAUGACUUUGCUCAUGGCCAAAGCGACUCAAUAGAAGGAAUAACUCACAGUAUUUGUACUUUAGAGUUUGAGCUACACAGGCCACUUUAUGAUUGGCUACAAUCUGAAUUGGGAAUUACAAAAACGAGGCAGAUUGAAUUUGCACGAUUGAAUAUGACAUAUAUGGUUCUGAGCAAAAGAAAGCUACUGUUACUGGUAAAUGAGAACCAUGUAGCUGGUUGGGAUGAUCCUAGAAUGCCUACUCUCUCAGCUGUAAGGAGAAAAGGGUACCCUCCCCAGUCACUUUGGAAUUUUUGCGAUAAAAUAGGGGCUUCAAAGAGAGAUCAAAUGAUACAUAUUCAGCUAUUAGAGGACUGCGUAAAAGAGAAUUUACAUAGCAUCUGUCAAAGAAGGUUUGCUUGCAUUCAGCCAUUAAAAGUGGUUAUUGUUAAUUGGGAUGAGUGUUUCCAAAAAGAAAUUGUUGAAAUCAUCGUGAAAAACCAUCCUGAUGAUAAUAUUAAUAUGGGUGAAAGAGUUUUGUACCUAUCAAGGAAUGUAUGGAUUGAAAAAAGCGAUUUUUGGUUUGAUGAAAAUCAGGAAAUUGAUUCUCAGCAUCCACCAAGCGACUUUAAAAGGUUGUUUGUUGGAGGCUCCGUUAGAUUAAAGUAUUCGUCUGUAAUUACAUGUAAAAAUGUUAUAAUUGAUAAUAAUUCUAAAGAAAUAAAGGAGAUACAUUGUAUUUUUCAUUGCGAGCAUGAGAAUGAUUCAAAUGUUAAUAGGAAGAAAUUAACCGCAAUACAUUGGUUGUCUACAAGCAAUGUUACUAAUGUUGAGUUCAGACUUUAUGGACGUCUUUUUACACUCCCUGAACCAGAAGAUCAGGAUAAAGAUUGGAGGAGGUUUAUUAAUAAUAAGAGUCUUGUAGUAAUGCAUGGGUUUUCUGAAAAAAAUUUAUUAGAUGACGAUUUCUAUAACAGCAAAGGUGAAAUAAAAAUGAAUAGAUACCAAUUUGAAAGAAUAGGCUAUUUCACAAGAGACAUCGUCGACUCUAAACCGGAAAAUAAUGAGAGUAACCUUGUUUACAAUCUAACCGUGCAAUUGGGAGAAUCCCCUGAUUUAUUAAUCAAGAUGCUCACGGAAUCAGGUGCAAAGGAAAGCACCAAAGAUAUUGAAAGAAGGAGUGCUUAUCAUCUUAACAGGGAAAAAAUUGCGGCAGAAAGGGCUGCAAGAAAGUUAGCGAAAGAAACUAAAAAAAUGCAGAAAAACGACCUAUAA